AUGGAGAAUGUUUGCAUGAAUGAUGCGAGUGAACCUGAGUUUGGGAUGUUAUUCAACUCAGAACAGGAUGCAUACGAUUAUUACAAUAGUUAUGGACGGGCAAUGGGGUUUAGUGUUAGGAGACACUUUGUGAAUAAAAGCAAGAAAGACAACACGACUAUAACAUCUAGGGGAUUUGUCUGUUCAAAAGCUGGUUGUCAGUUGAGUGACAAGCGAGACAUCAAUAUUGUUAACCCUCGAGCUGAGACAAGAACAAAUUGCGAGGCACGAAUGAACAUAUAUUUGGUUGAUGAGGGAAAAUACAAGUGUCGUGACUUUGUGAGAGAACAUAAUCAUGAGCUUCAUACUACAUCAACAGUUCAUAUGAUGCGUUCACAAAGGAAUAUGUUAGACAUACAUAGGUAUGAAAUUGAUUUGGCAGAUGACUCGGGAAUCAGGCCUAGAUCCACAGUUGAGUUGAUGGGUAGGCAUGCUGGUGGGAUUGAAAACCUAAAUUAUAUGACUCAAGAUGUUAGGAAUUAUCUUCGCACUAAAAGACAACGUGCCUUAACAUAUGGUGAAGCAGGUAGUUUGAUGAAGUACUUUGUUACCCAAACUAGGAACAACCCAUCUUUCACAUACUCAUUUCAGCUGGAUAGUGAAGAACAAAUAACUAACUUAUUUUGGGCUGAUCCAAAGAUGAUCAUUGACUACACACAAUUUGGAGAUGUAGUCAGCUUUGACACUACAUUUCGCACCAACAAAGAGUGUAGGCCGUUUGGGUUGUUUGCUGGAUUCAAUCAUCAUAGAGGGUGCACCGUAUUCUGGGCUGCACUUUUAUAUGAUGAGACAGUGGAAUCUUUCAAAUGGUUGUUUGAGGUAUUUGCUGAAGCACAUGGUGGAAAGGAGCCUAUAACUAUCUUCACGGACCAAGACAAAGCUAUGGCUAGAGCAUUAAAAGAAAUGUGGCCUCAGACAUGGCACGGAUUGUGUACUUGGCACUUAAUGCAGAAUGGCAUUACGCAUUUGGGUCAUAUGAUGAAGGAUGGCUCUCAUUUUCUUACAAAUUUAAAGAAAUGCAUAUACGAAUACGAUGUGGAAGAUGAAUUCGAGACAGUAUGGUUUAAUUUGUUGGACGAGUAUGAUGUUAAGAAUAAUGAAUGGUUGCAGCGCAUAUAUGGGCUUAAAAGUCAAUGGGCGAGGUGCUAUAUGAAAAACACAUUCACAAUAGGCAUUCGAAAUACACAGCUCAGUGAGAGUCUCAACAGUGACUUGAAGGACUAUUUGAAGUCAACUUUGGAUAUUGUGCAAUUUUUUAAACACUUUGAGAGAGUUCUUAACCAGAAGCAUGGUAAUGAAUUAAAAGCAGAAUUUGAUGCAUAA